AUGUUUGCAACAUGGAAGAAAUUGAAGGAGUUGUACUUUGCUAAACUGCUUACCAAUCACCUGUAUCUGAAGAAAAGGCUACAAUCUGAGAAUGAGCGAAUGUUUAUCGAUUCUGAUGGUGAUGAUAGUGCUAGGAAAAUUUUAUCUAUGAGUGGUAAGGUGUUUCUAAACAAAGAUCAUGCAUUGCCUGUGAAAGGAAUUGGUAACAUCAAAUUAAGGAUGCUUGAUGGCGUUGUCAGAACUAUAAAGUAUUGGCAUAUUCUAGGAGUGAAGAGGAACCUACUUUCUCUUGGGACACUACUUGACUCUCAUGGAUUCGGAUACCAUGCAGAGAAUAGAGUUUCCAAAGCAUACAAGGGCUUUAUGAGGGAGAAGUCAAUAGCAGAAUUAGAUCACGGUGUUAGAGAACAGGUGGAGCUUGACAUUGAUACUUCAGCAGUUCAAUCCAGUGAUUUAGAGGAUGAGACAAAGAGGAGCUUUCUGGUGUUGCCUCAGGAAUUGGGACAAGAUGCAGAGGCCUUGGGGAAACAAGUGAAUGCAGCUUUUGGAUCCUCAUGGAAAGAAGUUCUCAGUGAAAAGCAGCUUGUGGAAGGGAAAAUCCAUCCGGAGUGCGAUGGAACAUUGGUUAAGCAUGAAAAUUUCUUAGCGUGUGGGAAGAUAAAUGGGUCCCUUUGGGUUUCUAAAUUCAAUCUAGUCAAUUCAAUGAGUGACUGUUGUAAAUGGGAGCGUGUCACGUGUAAUUCUACUACAAGUCACGUGAUUGAGCUCUUCCUCAACAAUACACGACAACAUGACAUAAAUAGAAUAUUAUUUUAUGAUGAUGAAAAUAUUUGGUUUAUAAAGUUGUCAAUGUUCCAGCAGUUGACAGAGCUCAGAAAUCUUAAUUUAUCCUACAAUGAAAUUGGUGGUUUUAUUGAUUAUGAUGAAGGUUUUGAAAGAUUAUCAGAAUUAAAGAAGCUAGAAACCUUGGACCUUAGUUAUAAUAAUUUCAAUGAUAGCAUCUUAUCAUCAUUGGGUGCUCUUACAUCACUUAAGUCUUUGAUUCUUAGUUGGAAUUGGAUGGAAGGUUCCUUCCCUAGCAAAGGUUUUGAAAAAUUAGAGGAGUUAGAUAUCAGUUACAAUUGGUUCAAUAAUAGCAUCUUAUCAUCAUUGGGUGCUCUUCCAUCACUUAAGUCUUUGAUUCUUAGAAGGAAUAGCAUAGAUGGUUCCUUCCCUAGCAAAGGUUUUGAAAGAUUAGAGGAUUUGGACAUCAGUCACAAUCCGUUCAAUAAUAGUGUAUUAUCAUCAUUGGGUGCUCUUACAUCACUUAGGACUUUGAAAAUUGGAAGAAAUAUCAUGGAAGGUUCCUUCCCUAUCCAAGAAUUAAAUAAUCUGAAAAAUUUAGAAAUACUGGAUAUAAGUGGCAAUGGAUUCAACGGUUCCCUCUCACUUGAAGGUUUUGAAAAAUUAGAGGAGUUAGACAUCAGUUGGAAUGGAUUCAAUAGUAGUAUUUUAUCAUCAUUGGGUACUCUUACAUCACUUAAGACUUUGAUUCUUAAUCGAAUGUAUGCAAUGGCAGGUUCCUUCCCUAUCCAAGAAUUAAAUAAUUUGACAAAUUUGGAAGUAUUGGAUUUGAGUGACAAUCAAUUCAACGGCUCCCUCUCAAAAGGAUUAUGCAAAUUCAAAAGUCUCGUUGAGUUGGGUCUCCGAGGAAAUCAAUUUUCUGGCCCUCUUCCGGAAUGUCUUGGCAACUUGACCAACCUCCAAGUUCUUGAUCUUUCAUUCAAUCAGUUGAGUGGCAACUUUCAAUCUGUUGUUUCUAAACUCACAUCCCUCAAGUAUUUGCUUCUUUCUGGUAAUGAGUUUGAAGGCUUAUUCUCAUUUAGCACUUUGGCUAACCACUCUAAGCUUGAAGUGUUUCUACUCUCUUCGGGAAGUAGGAGGUUAGAAUUGGAAACAGAAAAUCCUACAUGGUUUCCUACAUUUCAACUCAAGUACGUUGACUUGUCCAAUUGCAACUUAAAUGUGAGAACUAGAGCAAUUCCUAGCUUUCUUCUCUACCAAUAUGACAUACGCUUCGUUGAUCUCUCUCACAAUAUGCUGUUUGGGACGUUCCCCUCUUGGAUCUUGCAAAAUAACUCCAAGUUAUAUGUUAUGAAUUUGAUGAAUAACUCAUUCACAGGAACUUUUCAUCUACCAAAUUAUAAGCAUGAUUUGGUUAAAUUUGAAAUUUCGAGCAACAACAUCACUGGUGUGCUGCCUAAGGAAUUUGGUUUGGUCCUCUCAAAUCUACUCUAUGUAAACAUGUCAAGAAAUAAUUUCAGCGGUAAUGUUCCUUCUUCAAUUGGUGAGAUACGAGGACUAUAUACUCUGGAUUUAUCCCAUAAUAAAUUCUCAGGAGAGUUGCCAGGAAGUCUGUUUGCAAAUUGUACCUUUGAUUGUACAUUGAUUCUAUCAAACAAUAAUUUUCAGGGGAACAUAUUUCCUCAAAAUAUGAACUUGAGAGGCUUGAUGACAUUGGAUAUGAAAAACAACAACUUCAGUGUGAUGAUAGGCGUGGACUUCUUGGACAGCUCCUCCCUAUCUUUUUUGGACAUAUCCAAUAAUAAGGUAUCAGGUCUAUUUCCCAGACAACUAUGUAAUAUGAGUAGUCUUGAAUUUUUAGACCUCUCAGACAAUAGGUUAUAUGGGCCUAUGCCUUCUUGCUUCAAUGUUUCAUCAUUGCGCUUCCUGUUUUUACAAAAGAAUAGUCUAAAUGGAUCCAUACCCCAUGUGCUUCUUAGAAGUUCUAAUUUAGUGGCACUUGAUCUGAGGGAUAAUAGUUUUUCUGGAAAGAUUCCGUCUUGGGUCAGUCAGCUCUCCAAAUUGCGUGUGCUUUUAUUGGGAGGUAAUGACUUGCAUGGCAGUAUUCCUAAUCAGUUGUGUGAAUCAAGAAAUGUGAGUAUCAUGGAUCUUUCAAGUAAUUUACUUUCAGGUUCCAUACCUUCAUGCUUUAAUAAUAUAUCUUUUGGGAAUAAUAUAUCAUUUAGAAUGAUGGGAGUCAAUUAUUUUUACCCUAUGAGCGUAACAUAUGAAGUCGUUUGUGCUCCAACAGAUAGCAGUAUUGACUUGAAUUUGCCUUGUUUAUAUUGGAAACCUUUAGAAGAUGUGGAAGUGGAAUUUGCAAUGAAAUAUAGAUACAACUCUUAUAGGGGUGAUAUUAUCAACUUGAUGGCAGGAAUAGAUUUAUCAUGCAAUGAGUUAAGUGGUAGAAUUCCUCAAGAAAUUGGAGACCUGCAUGGAAUUCGAUCAUUGAAUUUGUCUAACAAUCACUUAAUAGGAUCUAUACCAGUCAGUUUUUCAAAUUUAAGGAAUUUAGAGAGCCUAGAUCUUGGCAACAACAGUUUGAAUGGUGAAAUUCCUAGUGAACUAGUUAUGUUGACCUUUUUGGAAACUUUUAAUGUUUCAUACAACAAUUUCUCUGGUAGAGUUCUUGAUAAAGGGCAAUUUGGGACUUUUGAUGAAAAUAGUUACAAAGGUAACCCCGGCCUUUGCGGACCACUCAUUCAUCGGAGCUGCAGUAUUGAUGAAACUCCACCACCAUCACCAUCUAUUGAUGUAGAAGAGGAAGAUGAAGGUGGUAUUGAUAUGGUGUGGUUCUAUUGGAGUUUCUGUGCAUCCUACAUCACAAUUCUAUUGGUGUUGGUAGCAAUCCUCUGCAUCAACAGGCAUUGGUGCAUGUUAUGGUUUAACUUGGUUGAUAUUUGUAUUAAUUCAAUUUCGGUUUGGCUCAACCAAUAAUCUGUCUAGUGUCUAUGCAAAAAUGUAGGCUUUUGCUAGUGCUUGAAGAAUAUGAGAGCUCCAUUGAUACGAAUAUUAUUGGUCUGUGUUAGUCAUUGUAAUAAUUGAAAUUUGAAUUUCAUUUCCAUUACCAAAAGCAGGAUGUAAGAUGCGUCAACAUUGUUUUUUUUUAUUAAUUGUUAUUAUCUGCAUAUAAUA